CUUCUUUGCUAUCAUAUUUUCACUUUUCGUAAAGUAGUAUUUUGGUGGUAGUAUUUUGUAUAAAUCCCUAAAUAUCUAUUCCUUUUCUUUUAAAGAAAGUUAAAGAAUUGAAAUCUCCCUCUUUCUUACAUCAUGUCAAAUAUAACAGAAAUUUCAACACUUCCAACAGAAUUACUAGAAGAAAUAUUUUCGCAUCUUGAUACUCCUCGAUUAUUAAAUUGUCUUUGUCAAAAUAGAAAAUUUUUUUCUUUGACGGUUCCAUUAAUUUGGGAAAAUUUGGGUGAUCGUUAUUGGGGUGCUGGACCAAAAACUCCAUUGCGCUGGCGUUUAAUUACUGAUAUACUGCUCUUUUCAGGAAAAACUUUUGUUGAUUACGCAAUUUUCAUACAAAAGAUUGAUUUAUCUUGUAGUCAUUCACCUGAUUUUCGUGUUCCAAAAAAAACUUUAUGCCAUUUACUUAUUAACGGUAGAAGACUUAAAGAAAUUAAUUUUCAAUAUCACAAAGAAUCUUCUAUUUUCGAUGAACCCUUUGAAUGUUUAAGAGAGAUAAAUCCAUCUUUACAAAUUUCUACACCACCAACAACUCCCCCUUCUUCUUUCUCUUCGGAUUCUAUCAUUAACACGCCAAUAGCGCCAAUACGUAAAUUAACGAUGAAGUUAUAUAAUGUAUCACCAGUAUUAAUUAUUUCAUUAUUCGCAAAAUACGUUAACACGUUAGAAGAAUUAAUAUUAGACAUCAUGUAUGAAUUAAAUCCUUUACCUUAUGAUGAUUUAAGAUUAUUAGCAAAAAAUAAUCAAAAAUUAAAUCAUAUGGAAUUAUAUACUAUAGAAGGUGCUAGAGUUUUGAAUAAGAAAGAAUUAGUUAGUUAUAGGUCAAAUGGUGAAUUACCUAAGCCUGAAGAGCGGUGGACUCCCGAACCGAUUUAAAAAAAGUGAAAUUUUAUACAGGUGAAUCGCUGCCUCAGGAAAGGAACAAUGCAUUUUGUUCAUUUUAAUUCAUUAACUUAUUUUUGAAUCAUUAAGAGAUCAAGGAAUGCUUAACUAUAGAAAGCGAAAUAAUAGUUGAAGCCUCGUUAUUACUCAUAUACCUAAUUUGAAAUUCCAAAUAGAGGAAGGAUAUUGUGACAGGAAAAAAAAAAUUC